AUAUAGAAUUAAAAAGAAUUUGCUUGACAAAUUAUAACUAUAUCUUGUCGAUAAUUAAUUUUAAGUUUCUAUUAGAUGCAGACUAUUCAUAAGCAAAUUACUUGUGUUUUAUUUGGUACUCAUAAAAUUUGUUUUGACAAUCAACACUUGAAGCCAAAAGUUCUAAAAAAUUGACACUAUUCUUGUCAAAAUCAUAAACGGUAAAUUAAGUUAUCAAGUGGUUUAUUUUGUGCUUAUUGUCUAAACAAAAUGCAAAAAUAUGAAAAAUUGGAAAAAAUCGGUGAGGGUACUUACGGUACUGUAUUUAAGGGACGCAAUCGUGAGACCAUGGAAAUUGUGGCAUUGAAACGUGUGCGUUUGGACGAGGACGACGAGGGAGUGCCUAGUUCCGCACUCAGAGAAAUUUGCCUCUUGAAGGAGCUGAAACAUAAAAACAUUGUGCGUCUCUAUGAUGUGUUACACUCGGACAAGAAGCUAACGUUAGUUUUUGAGCAUUGUGAUCAGGAUCUGAAGAAAUAUUUUGAUAGCUUGAAUGGAGAAAUCGAUAUGGCAGUUUGCCGCAGCUUUAUGUUACAACUGUUGCGUGGGCUCGCUUUCUGUCACAGUCACAAUGUACUCCACCGGGACUUGAAGCCGCAGAAUUUGUUGAUCAACAAAAAUGGCGAGCUAAAAUUAGCCGAUUUCGGUCUGGCUCGUGCAUUUGGUAUUCCCGUAAAGUGUUAUUCUGCUGAAGUAGUUACACUGUGGUAUAGGCCACCAGAUGUACUCUUUGGUGCGAAAUUAUAUACAACCAGUAUUGAUAUGUGGUCGGCAGGUUGUAUAUUUGCUGAACUUGCUGAUGCUGGUCGACCGUUAUUUCCAGGAUCAGAUGUUUUGGAUCAACUGAUGAAAAUCUUCCGUGUGCUUGGCACUCCCACAGAAGAGACUUGGCCUGGUGUCACUCACUUGGCUGACUACGUGGCGCUUCCAUCAUUUUCGCCAAUUACAUCCUGGAGUCAAAUAGUACCCCGUCUUAAUUCUAAAGGUCGAGAUUUAUUGCAAAAAUUAUUGGUAUGUCGGCCAAAUCAACGUAUUAGUGCGGAACAGGCUAUGCAACAUCCAUAUUUCACUGAAAGUUCGUCAAAUCAUUAAUAAUAUUUAUUUAAUAUAUAAUUAAGCAUACUUACGUUAUUUACUUGCGUUGCUGUAACCGCUUCUAAUUGGCAAAACAAAAUUAUUUAGCUAUAAUGGAUAUUUAUAAGAAUAUAAGGAGCGGAAGCAUCCUUCGCCCGAUUGUGCGCUAGAAUCUAUAAGAUAAUUUCUAUAAAUCAAAAAGGUUGAACGAAAAAGCCGUCUUAAAUGUACUUAUUAAUAUAAAAUGUAGAUGAUUAACUUAUAUUUAGUUUAUAUUGUGUUUAAGAAAUUGUUCCAUAUUGUAAAACCAAUACACGAGGCUGUAAAUGCUUAAGCAGUGUUGAAAUUGCAAUCAGAUUUAAUGUUAAAUUAUUCAUUACAUAUUUUUAAUUUCCCUUCAGUGAGUGCAGCAGUGAGCCAUGUAAGAAUUUUGAAUUCGUUUAGAAUAUAGCGUAGUGAUUCAAUUACUAAUAUUAUACUUAAAUUAUAAGCGAUAUUGCCAUUAUACCUCCUCUCCAUCAGGAGCGUUUACAAUUUUUGUAACAAAAAAAGAAAACAUUCUCUGAGAUAUAGAGAGACACUGUCCCAAUCAUAUUUAAAUAAAAAUAAAAACCGCCAAAUUCUUUUUCUAUUCAUAAAA